AGGUUCCGAUCGUGAACGUGGAGGGCUGGGAGAGCUUCCAGUUGCUGGUGAACGGCGACUGGCGGAAGUGCCUGCACCCGGAUAGGGCCGACGGUAACUUGCACCAGCCCCACCGCCUCCUCGGGCCCGACGACCGCGGGCACGGCAAGAACUGGAGCGUCGGCAUGCACCCCCUGGAGCGUGCCGCCCCUGGAGACGUGUUCGAGGUGCGGCUGCACUUGAAGCACGACGGUUCGGCCCACAGGGUGGACUGGGCCAGGGCGGCGGGGAGAACCGACGGCCGAGGGCCGAGCGGAGCGCGAGCAGCUGCGGCUAGCUGCUGACGCUGCCACCAGGUGGGGCUCUUGGACGAGGUUGCGGCCCGCGGGCGGCACCUGCGCGCGGCCAGCCCGCCCCCUUGGCGUCGGCGGAGGAG